GUCCAUGUUUUUCAUUCAAAAUGCACAGUUAGCUUGGUUUGAUAAGAUAUUGAGUGUGUGUGAGAGAGAUUGAGAUAGAAUGUGUAUCAUGGGAAGCAAUUGGGGGUGGUUGCAGUGUUCUGGAGAAUUUAGCGUCCUCGAAUUGGGUCAUUUUUUACUUCACACAAUACACUAUUUCCGUUUUGGUUGCUCAAUUUCACUUUUAGGUUGCAGAUUGGGAUAUUGCACAUGAGAUAGCAACUGCUUUUGUUCAUCGUGGUCUUUAGGGGCAUGGGUGCAGCCAACCAUAGUGCUAGUGGUUCUCCCCUGUUAUGCGGGUUGGUGAGGCUCAUAGAUGGUGCUACGUGUAGUAAGUCCCAUAGAGUCGGUGGAUGGAUUUUGCAGGAUCCAAUAUGCGUGGUGGAAAGGCUUCAACCACUCUAUAUUCGGGGAUCUCUAAUUUAUUUAUUUAUUGUGGAUGUUAAUCGUGUUAGAUGUGAUUAGAUGGUGCUUUAUGAGGGUGAUGGUGUUCAUGAUUUUUGCAGUGGAUGCACAAGUGAUUUUGGACAAUGUGUGGGGUGGACAUAUAGUUGAUGCUCGGGGGUAGGGCAUUGUUGGCUGAAAUCUUAGCUUUACGUAGUGCUUUUGUGCAAUUUGAGAUUAGAUUUGUUGGUCGUAGAUGUAUUAGGAUUAUCUAUUUAAUGGCAAAGAAAACCAUUUCUUUGUCCCAUUUUUUAGUAGGAUUUGAUUUUAUGUUUUUGCUACUUUCGAUCAUGUGACUCUCUUUAACUGGUUAUUUUUUGAAAACAGUAUUGAUACGGAUAUCUUGGGGGAAAAAAUUGAGGCUAUCGUAACAGGAUAUUGUGAUUGGCAGGCCAGCGUUGCAUUUGCUCAUCCUCAUUGAAUGCUAACUCGGCCCGUUCUAGAAAAAGGCCAGAUACUGACAGCUAAUAUGGGCUCUUCCCGAAAAUGUCCGUUUCCGUCGCCAGCCAAAACGACAAGCCGAUUCACCGUUCCAUUUAUCCCCGCGGACCUUCGAGGGCGAUUCAGGAAAUUCACCGAAACGAAAAUAGAAGAACCGCGACGACGGGAGGGAAACGCUUCGUAUUUGGUGGUGCGAAUCCGAAUCCCCGCUUUCCGCGUCUCUCUCUCUCUGUGUUUUCUUUUCUACUUUUCCUAGCGCACACCCCAAACCGCCUUUUCUCCAAAAGUCUCCGUCCGUCCUCUAUCCCUCCUUAUCUCCCUCUACACUCUCUCUUCUAGGGUUAGGGUUUCUCAGUCGUGUCAACUUUGAAAACCAGGAGAAAACGAAGGGAAAACAAUGGUCCCAGCACCAACUUAUCCGCCCUCCAACCGCCCCAAUCUCUAUCUGCAGCAGCGGUCUGCUUCAACCGUGGCUUGAUUUCCUCUCCAUCUUCUAUUUCUCUGGUAAUUAAUCCUAUCCUUCUGCGAAGCUCUUCGACGAAUUCUGUCUAAGUCGUUGUGCCGGGAAUUGCAGCGUGAGUUAUAAGUCUGUUGUGAUGGCUGCUUCUGUCCUUCGUAUUUAAUUUAGGGUUUUGAACUUAGGUGUUCCUGAUUGGGGGAUUCGCCAGAGCUGUUUUCCACUGAUUUUUUGGGGUUAAUGAUAUUCGGGCUGUGUAGUUGGUUUGGCUGCUGUCGGUUGAAUUGGACGAGUGUUCCCGUUCUAGUGCUUGUCUUGCUUCGUUCCGGUACUAGGCACUGGCUCGAGUUGGAAGGUUCUAUUGUUCUGCUUAUUCUUCCUUUCUAUGGCUCGUGAGAGCGACACUCCUUUGGGGCCACUGUUGUGUAGUCGAAUUGGUUCGUGCAAAUUGUUUUGCAUAUCUGAUUGUGUUCUUCUGGUUGACUGUUUUGGCUAUCUGAUUGAGUCGCUUUGAUUUUUCUGGUGGUUUUUCCCAUUCCAUGCUUAAGUUUGGGUUCAUUUGCUUAUCCAGGGCUUGGAGCUUGGGAAUGGAAAUGUACAAUGUUUCUGGAAAUGCAAACACGGAAACAUAUUUGAUUCAGCAAUCUGGAUUUGACCCUGUAUUGACGUCUCCGGUGUUUGAACAAUUUGAAGCCAUGUACAACGGAGGAGCCCCUGAAUAUGUUCAUCAAGGAAUGUACUAUCCUACCGCCAGCAACUACAGUUGGUACUGUACAGGAUUUGAAGCACCUGGCGAAUGGGAGGACCCCCACAUGAUUUUUGGCGUUGAUGGUCCUGAAGUUCAGUAUGCGGGUGCACAAACUGAAAAUUUACCUUAUGUAUGUUAUACACCUAGCUAUGGAUAUGCACAGUCACCAUACAACCCAUACAAUCCUUACAUACCUGGUGCCAUGAUGGGAGUGGAUGGCUCCUAUGUAGGCUAUACCAUGCCUCCAUACCAGGACUCUCUUUCUUCAGCUGGUUACGUCCCUGUUCUUGUUCAAGGCGAUGUUUCUUCGAGCAAUUUGGUGGAUCCCCUUCCUGAUGCUGGGGUUGUAUAUGCUAAUAGUGGACAAGGUGGAAGAAGGCAUGGAUCAUCUUCUGCAUCCUUCUCUAGGAAUCCUUCUAAAUCAUUUGGCAAUCAGACUAACUCAUUGGCAAGACCAGCUUCUGAGGGACCUAGAUCUAACAAUGGAAGUAGCAAGUAUUCUUUGGUGCAUGAUAAUGUUUCUUCUGGUAGCUAUCAGACAGCGGCAACACGUGUGCUUCAGAGCAGGAAUGCAUCUGGACCUAUGCAGCCAAUUGAUAGCACAACUAAGGUAAAAUAUAUACCUCAACGGAACCAGCCGAAACAUGCUCCCCCUGUCAACAAUGGCCUCUCUGAGUUCGGAGCAAAUUCUCAUGGAAGAACCUACAUGGAUAAGAAUCGAUCAAAUGUCCAUGUUGGCAGAACCCUCAAUGAUGCAGAUGGGGGCCAUGAUGCACUGGGUGAGCAGAAUCGUGGACCUAGAACAACCAAGUCAAAAACUCAGUUAGCUGUCAAAGCGUACACGGCCAAAGUAGGUGAUUCUAAUGCAGAGGGGAAUAUCAUAAUUUCUACAGAUCAAUACAACAGGGAUGAUUUCCAAGUUGACUACACUUGUGCAAAGUUCUUUGUGAUAAAGUCAUAUAGCGAGGAUGAUGUUCACAAGAGCAUCAAAUACAACGUUUGGUCAUCAACUCCUCAUGGGAACAAAAAGCUGCAGAGUGCCUAUGAAGAUGCACAGAAGAUGGCUGCAGAGAAAGCUAGUAGUUGUCCCAUCUUCCUUUUCUUUUCGGUUAAUGCAAGUGGACAGUUUUGUGGUGUUGCUGAGAUGAUUGGUCCAGUUAACUUCAGAAAGGAUAUGGAUUUUUGGCAGCAAGAUAAAUGGUCUGGUAGUUUCCCUGUGAAGUGGCACAUGAUUAAAGAUGUACAAAAUGGGAGCUUUAGGCACAUAAUCUUGGAGAACAAUGAAAAUAAGCCAGUGACUAAUAGUAGAGACACUCAAGAGGUAAUGAUCAAGCAAGGCCUGGAGAUGCUGAAGAUUUUCAAAAGGCAAGUUGUGGAUACUUCGUUACUUGAUGACUUCACCUACUACGAGCACCGGCAGAGAAUCAUGCAAGAAGAGAAAACCAGGUUUACAGUUAAGAGGUUUGGAACUCCAUUCCUAGCAGCUUCAUUGGACCCCACUCUCAAACUCAAUAGUCUACCUGGGAUCUUCCCGAGUAAAUAUGAUAAACCAGCUUCAGAGGAGGCCCGGGCACAAUCUGGUACAGAAAAAAUUGCAGCUAUAUCCGAAUCGACCACCGUCAGAAGUCAUCCGUCUGACCUUGCAGUUGCUGAAGUAGACAAUGGUGCAGUAGCAGCUACUGCUCUGAAGAUUGGCUCCCUCAGUAUAAACCCGAUGAAGCCUCAGUCCAUCGCAAAGCCCGUUCCAACUGUAUCAGCUGCUGGAGGCAAAGCUGCUACUGUUGUUACUGUAGGAACGGUCCCAGUUAAAGUCAAUGGAUUUGCUGCGUCUUCUGGGGUUCUAACUUUUGGCACAAUUCCACCUGAUUCGAGGGCUCUUCAGGGCGGGAAAGGAGGUUGUGUUUCGAAGAAAAAUGCAGUCUAAAGAGCUUGCUGGGGUUUGAUUGAUUUUGGGGUUGGCAGUAACAGUGUUUUGGCGGGGUAAAGGGGUUUUGCAAGUUCUUUUUUUGUCACAGCGGGAUUCAUUGUAUAACUUCAGAGUUGCACACUUUACACCAUUCUCGGUUUGGAGGGGGCGCGCCUGAUGAUGUAGCAGUGGGAAGUGGUUCAGGCUGGGGGCGUAUGCUUUGACCGUGGUUAUCAGGCGUUCCGUUGCUUUUGUUUUUUUUUUUUUACUGUUUCUCAUUUUUCUCUAAUUGUCUUUGGUGGGAGAAUAUCGAUUUUCAUUAUUUUCUCGAUGGUUGUUUUUGCCUUCCCAGAAGCGAUGAAAGUUACUUUGUAAUGUGGUAUCUUUUUCAAUUUUUAUCAUGAAUAUAUGGAAAAGUAAAAAAAAAAAAAAAGGAAAGUAAAAAAAGAGAAGAAUUGUA